AUGCUGAGCUAUCCAUACCCUGAGGGGUAUAUAGUGCCGAAGUUCACCAAAUUCGAUGGCAAACAAGGAAAUGCUCGAGAACAUGUUGUUCGGUUCAUAGAGACUUUGGGGAUUCAUGGUUCAAAUCAUGUCCUUCGACUGAGAGAAUUCUCCAAGUCCCUCACCGACCGAGCAUAUAGUUGGUACACUAACUUGGCCCCAAACUCUGUCCGAAGUUGGGAAGAGAUAGUCAACAAAUUCCACGCCAAAUUCUUUCAGGUGGCCAAGAAAGUGACCACACUUACCCUAUGUAAGGAAAAACAGCGUGAAGGUGAAGACAUUCUCGAAUAUGUGAAGAGGUUCCAAGACAAAGCCGUGGACUGUCAUGAGGCUGUGGAGGAAGGCUACUUGGUCCAAAUCUGUGUUGAAGGGGCAUUAAACGAGUACAAGAUGCUUCUUGUUAAUCACAAGCUACCCACCUUCUCGGCACUAAUUGAAGCAUCUCGGAACAUCAACAUACCUCAAUCUCAGGAGAUCGGGUUCGAGACUAGUUAUAAAACCAGCUUCAAGUCAUCCCGAAGACCUUCUGUCACUGUGGCUUCCGUGUCUUUUACACGAAAGUCGCAGGGGGAGGAAUUCAGAGGUCAGAAGAGGAAAAACUGUGAAGAUGACACUCCUUGUCCGUGUAGUGUUGAGGAGGUGAAAGCCUUAGUUAAAGAAUGGGUGGCAGAUGGAGAACUGAUGUUGCCUCGUAUCGAAGAGCUUUUACCAAAGAAGGACCGCGAGGGUCCUAAUUAUUGUGUUUUCCACCGAUCACUAGGACAUCCUACAGAAAAAUGUCGGACACUUAAGAAGAUCUUUCGAAAGAAAGUCGAAACACAUGAGCUAGAAUUCAAAAGACAAGGAGCCCAACAUAUCUUAGAAGGCGUGGCUAUGAUGGUGUCUGACGGCCACAGCCUGAGCAGCUGGUGA